CUUCCCGACAACAAAAUUAUUAAAAGGAAGACAUUAAAAACACAACCAUGUGCAUGUACUUUUGCUAAAAUAUCUCGUUUUUUCAGCGCCGUUUUAAUGGAUGGCGUUGGUUGUCGAGUUGUUCGUGGUCCGGAUUGGAAAUGGGGCAAACAGGACGGCGGCGAAGGUCAUUUAGGCACCGUGAGGAGCUUUGAAAGCUCGGAAGAAGUAGUCUGUGUGUGGGAUAAUGGCACGGCUGCAAAUUAUCGUUGUUCUGCGUUUUAUGAUCUCCGGAUUCUCGAUUCUAGCCCAACAGGUUUGUAAGAUGUGUAUGUUAUUUCAACACGGUUUGUUUGUAUUGAUAUAACAGUUUUGACACACCUUUCUUAAUAGUAUUAUAGUAUUUAUUAUUAUUUUCCUGUGACAGUUGAUGAAUAUUUUGCUGUCAUCCUCUGUCAAUAACACGAAAGUUUGGUGUAGUAAAUUGAAAAAUUAGUGUCUUAUUGUAUUGUAGGUUUUGUCCAUGAUAAUGUACAUAAGCCAUAAAGAAUGAAAUUUGUUGUUUUGUACAAAUGGAACAUGAUGUGACAGACUAGCUGUCAUUAAAUAAUAAUCACAAGAUAAUUUGAUACAGGCCUAUUUGCAUAAUAUAGCACACACACGUCAAAAUAUCACAACUUGUCAACAAGAUAUGUUCACAAUAGGCUUGUAGAAAACUUGUCAACAAGUUGUAACAAUGCUGUUAUUUCAUCAAGUUGCUAUGUACAAGGUUGUUGCUCACAACUGGUUGACAAAUUGAUGGAAAUUGCAGGACGAUAACAAAUUGUUGGAACAACUUGUAGCAAGUCUGUUGAGCUCAACAACCUUGUAGCAAGUUGCCAACAAGCCGUUGACUGUAACUUGUCAACAAGCUAGGAACAAGCAGUGCGAACACAUCCUGUUGACAUGUUGCUAACAAGCUGGGAAUUAACAAGCUUGUUGCGAACACAUCCUGUUGACAAGUUGUUGGAAUAGCAUUGCUACAAGUCUGCUACAGGUUUGUUCUCACAAACUCAGCUAGGUGAUAGGCGCUUGGUCUGAAAACUGCGCCACCAAAGCCCCCAUUACAAAGCCCCAUUUCCAAAGUGUGGUGACAUUUCUUCAGGUGUAAAGCAUGAUGCUAUCAUGUGUGAUGGAUGUCGGCAACACUCCAUAUUUGGCAACCGAUGGAAAUGUGCGGAAUGUGCCAAUUAUGAUCUGUGUUCUGUAUGUUACCAUGGCGACAAGCAUUCUCUGAGACACAGGUUUUAUAGAAUUGCAAAUCCUGGCAACGAAAGGUACGUAAUGUUUUCUUGAACAUGCAGAAAUUACAGCUGAUGAUUGUAAAGAGGAGUGAUAAAAAUGUUGCACGCUGAAGAUCGCCGUUGUUAAAUCUAGGGUGUUGGUUGAAUCGAGAAGAAAAAGCAAGAAAGUGACAGCUCGAGGAUUGUUUCCUGGUGCGAGGGUUGUCCGAGGAAUUGACUGGCAGUGGGAAGAACAGGAUGGUAAGUACAACUACAGUACCACAACUUUAGACUAAAGCCCCGUUUACACUACACUCAAUUUUUGGUACGGCACGGAUAAAAUUGGUACCCGUACCACUUUUUUAGUUCUUGGACUACCUAUUUAGCUAAGCCCCGUUUACACUACGCUCAAUUUUUGGUACCGUACCACUUUUUGGUUCUUGGACUACCUAAAUAGUCUUGGACUACCUAAAUAGGUAGUCCAAGAACCAAAAAUGUGGUACGGGUACCAAUUUUAUCCGUGCCGUACCAAAAAUUUAGCGUAGUGUAAACGGGGCUUAAGUGUACUUUUUCUGAGUGAAGACCCUUUGUCGUACAAACAUCCCGACAAAGAGCCUUUACCGAAAAUUACUGGGCGAUGACAGUACAUAAUUAUGUAAUGACAGUUUUCCAGUUGUUCUAAAAGCUAAACCGAAAAAAAAAAGUUUUAAAAUAAAACUGAUCAGAAAAAAAAUGGUUAACCGCCCAAGCCUUGUAUUAUUGUCUGUAUCUUGUGUAUUACUGGCACAGUGUGUUUUCAAUGUGAGGAUCGAGUGUGCCACCUUGGAUUAGAACACCACCCACAACAGGUAAUUAUUAGUGCGACAGUCUGAGGAUUAAAUAUAUUUUAUAAUUUUAUUUAUAAGGAGGGACAAGUCGUCGGGGGAAAGUGACAGAAAUUCAAGAUUGGAGUUCACUUUAUCCAAGAAGUGCAGCUUAUGUUCUCUGGGAUAAUGGUGCAAAAAAUCUUUAUCGUGUUGCCUUUGAAGGCAUGGUAAGAUCACAUACAUUGCUAUAGGUUCUUAUCUAUGUGUGUUUAACUUGCAGUUAGAAAUGAAUGUACUAAGUAAAUGAUUGUGUAUUUUCAGUGUGAUUUGAAGGUCCUGAAUGAUGCUAAGACAUUGCUAUAGGUUCUUCUCUCUGUGUGUUUAACUUGCAGUUAGAAAUGUACUAAGUAGAUGACUGUGUAUUUUCAGUGUGAUUUGAAGGUCUUGAGUGAUGCUAAAGGUGGCGCAUAUUAUCGUGAUCACUUGGCAUUGCUAGGUAAAGAUUAAAUUAGAUAACUUUAUUUGAGCAGGGUGGUCCAUUCAGCACUAAGCUGGUAUACCCAUAGGCGCCCUGACAUAGGUCUGCUAACAUUUAGUGAUUGACCAGUAAUCGGUAUCGACAUCGGGCCGAUUUUUGCCUUAUCGGUAGACAAUCGGAAUCAUAGAAUUAUCUAUAUUUCCGAUUGUCUGAAACCAAUUGUUGAGAAAAUACACAUUUUAAAAAUGAUAUGCAUUGCACGUUGAUACACGUUGUGUUUUAACGCAAUAUGUUAAAUUAAUGCAUGAAGCGUGUUUCAUGCCAAUCAUGUUUCAUGCCAAGACAUCUCAGACACAUGAUAUACCAACUAAAUUACAGUAUUGAAUACCUUGGACUUGGACUUAGAAAGGUCAUGUACUACCAGCAAAAAAUAAGUAUGCAGAUAGCAAGAGUUUCGCGUACCUACGUGGUACAUGGCUGAAAACAAAGAAGUACCAGACAGUAAUAUUGGCGUACCUCCGGUACGUAAGUACGCAAAUUAUCACACCCUGCUGAGUCUAGUUCCUUCAAUAAUCGAUAUCAAUGUUUCGAAGUACUCGGCCGAAGUAACAUCACAAAGAUCAUAUAUCCACCUGAGUACAUAACACCGACACACACAGUUUUAAUCAUGGUACUGUAAACUGUUUCAAAUGUGAAAUUGUUCUUGCUAGAAGUACAGUACUGUAAAAGCCAUCUUUUACCAGUCUGUUACUACAGUAGAAUUUGCUUCCUUGAACAACUAGGUGAAAGUGGUAGCAAUGCCAGCCGCCCACAGUCCUUGAAUGAGUUUCAAGUUGGAGAUUUAGUGACAGUAGAUCUUGACCUGGAGAUUGUUCAGUCCUUACAGAAUGGUCACGGUGGCUGGACGGAUGGAAUGUUCGAGGUAGGGCACAUCCUCACUAAUGUGGACCAGACUGAAAAGUUUUAUUUUGCACAGGAAAUGUUUCUUCCUUGGGGAAAAUGUGCAGAGAAGUUUGAUAUUUAAAAUCUGACUUUUCUAUUCAGACAUUGAGCACACCUGGGACUAUUGUUGGUAUUGAUGAAGAUCAUGAUAUUGUUGUCACUUAUCCCAGUGGAAACAGGUGAGAUACUUGGUGAUAUACUGUAAUUCCGAAUGAUUUGUACCAAUAGUAGCUGAAAUUAUACAGGAAAUGUUGAGCUAAAUAUCUGGCUUGUUUUUAAUCCCAUUCCUGACUUAUUCGCACUUAAUUUGUGUAUUUUUCUCAUAGAAGGGGCUAAUUUUGUAGGGGAUUUUAGCCUGCAUGACAUCUACUUAGGAAACGAGAACAACUUCCUUGCAUGCGAUCAGAUCCCGUACUCGUUGCUAAAGCUCACUAUCAUCACUAGCGACACUGGAACAGACCGUUUGAGAUUCUAUUUCAACAUUUAUGUUUAUGUUUUAGGUGGACAUUCAACCCUGCUGUAUUAACUCAAGUAUCAAGUGCCACAGGUAGCAGUGGUGCUACAGCAAUGUCCCCCUCCACCCCACCUAUCACCUCACCCUCAACACAGUUUAACAUUGGAGAUCUAGUGCAGAUAUGUAAUGAUGUGGAGAGGGUGAGAGGUCUACAACUGGGACACGGGGAAUGGACAGAAGCUAUGGAAGCGGUAUGUACAGUCGGGUUUAAUGUAUAUAUAGCUUUUUGGUAAAUUAGUCCAAAGUUUAUCAGUCUUAUUUUGGGCAUCUCACUUGAUUGAACUACAUGUACAUGUAAUGUUGAUGGGUUUCAUAGAUGAACACACUCACAAUUUCCAUCUACAAAGUCUUGGAUAUUCAUAGCCAUCAAUUUUUCCCAUGUUUACUUUAAUAGAGCUACAAAUGAAUGAUUGCUUGAAUUUAGUUGGUUUAAUACAAAUUCAUUAACCCAUUAAGCACCAGUGCUCUCCCCUUGAUGAGUAAAAUAAUCUGGCGUUAGACAGAGUAAAUAAUAAAGUAGGGCGUAUCAGGAUGCAAUGCGACUGAAUGGGUUAACUAGACACAUGGGCAGAUAGGCCAGUUAACCCAUUAAGCACCAGCACUCUAACCUUGACAAGUAACAUGUAAAAUAAUCUGGCGUUAGACAGAGUAAAUAAUAAAGUAGGGCGUAUCAGGAUGCAAUGCGACUGAAUGGGUUAACUAGACACAUGGGCAGAUAGGCCAGUUAAACGCAUUAAGCACCAGCACUCUAACCUUGGCCAUUUUCUGGCAAGUGACAGUGGUUUUUUCUGCGUGACUGCAAGACCUGAAUUGUAUGAGUUUUUACUUGAUAGACACUUGGCAAGAUUGGUCGGAUACAACAAGUUUAUCCUGACGGCGAUCUUAAGGUAGGUCCAAAUUUUCAAAACUAAUAAUGGGUAAUUCCAGCUAUGGACUAAAUUUUGAUCAAGGCAAGAAGAAUGAAAUCCAACCACAGCUAGAAAGAGCGUCUUAGAAUGAGUAAAACUGCAAAGAUUGGUUGCUAAAUGUUGUAAAAUGAAGAAAAUAUAUAGCCCUGUGAAGUUCGCAAAUUUUGUAUAUAUUUGUGCAAUAAAAAUAACCACCUCAAAAUCUGCGAACUUCACAGGACUAUAUUUUCCUCAUUUUACAACAAUUUGCGACCAAACUUUGCAAUUUUACUCAUUUUAAGAUGCGCUUUCUAGCUAUGGUUUUGUUCUUCUUGUCCAGAUCAAAAUAGCUGGAAUUAUCCAUUCAUACUGUAUAGCAUUGAUGACGUACCAUUACAAUACCACAUUAAUGUGGAUGAUAUAAAGUCAACCAUUCCAUUUCUCCAGAUUGAUAUCAGUGGAACGUCAUGGACAUACAAUCCUUCAGCUGUGAUUACAGUUGCUUCAUCAGAACGUUCACAGCUGGCGGGAUCUUCUGGAGGUAUUUGGGAAUAGAUUGCACAUAUAGGGAGGGGGAAAGAAUUUUCUUCUUGGGAGCACAACCUGGAGACAAAAAUUCCCUGCAGACCAACGGAGUAUUUUUGUGCUAAAUCUGCAUGUGCAUAAAUAUAUAGUUUUUAAAUUCAAGGAAUAAUGUCUGUCAACCAUAUGUUGUUGCACCCAUAUAGUGGGGCAUGGGUGUUAAGGUUUCCUUCAAAUUUUCAAUAGCAAAUCUUCAUUCAAACGAAUUUCCUGCAGCUGUUUAACAUUUCCUGCGAGCAGUGCUCGCGAGCUCGAUCGCCUAUUUUUUGCACCCCCUGAUUGCAUAUACAAUAGAUUAUUUUCUUUCCAUUGACAAUGUGUGUAUUGAAUAGAACGCCUGGGUGCUUUACUCAAGAAGUUGUUUGAAACUCAUGUUUCUGGGGACCCUGUGGAGGAACUGGUCAAGGCCGCUGCCAGCGGAGAUGUACCGAAAGUUGAAGAUGCUUUGAGAAGAGAAACAGACGUAAGUAGCUUGUUACUAUUCGAGGGAUUUCUAUACUAUUAUUCGUACAUAUUUCAAUCGCACGCAAAAACGCACAAGUUGUAACAAACCUGCAGCAGACUUGUAGCAAUGUUGUUCCAACAACUUGUCAACAGGAUGUGUUCGCACUGCUUGUUCCCAGCUUGUUGACAAGUUGUCAACGGCUUGUUGACAACUUGCUACAAGGUCGUUGAGCUCAACAGACGUGUUACAAGUUGUUCCAACAACUUGUUAUCGUCCUGCAAGUCAACAAUUUGCCAGCAAGUUGUGAGUGACAAUCUUGUAGCAAUUUGAUAGAAUAACAGCAUUGUUACAACUUGUUGACAAGCUUGCUACAAGCCUGUUGCGCACGAAUCUUGUUGACAAGUUGUGAGAUUUUUACCUGUGAACUUGGCGGUCCAGUGAAAUCAAUAUACGUUGUUUGGGGAUUACAUUAUUCGAACCAGAGUAGCGAAGCAUAUCUGAUGUUUUAUGACAUAUCUGGUGUUUAAGGUGAAUGGUGUAUUCUCGGGUCACACUGCAUUGCAAGCUGCCAGUCAGAAUGGACAUAUGGAUGUAGUCAAAUUGCUCAUCAGUGUGAACGCUAAUUUAGAAAUUGAGGUUGGUUUCUGUUCAAUUCUACUGUAAAUCUAGAUGUUCACUUGCAAUCCAUUUGCUGAUAUACUUUAACAUCUUAAACGUGAGGUCCAGUGUACUGUAUGUAUUCUAUUAUAAAAAGUUGUCAUGGUUUGUGUCUGAACUACCUGGAAAAGAUCAAGAACACUCCAGUUUAAUCUCUUCCGCGUAGUUCAGAUGCGAACCACAGCAACUAAUACAUGUUAUUCUGUUGAGUAGGAUAAAGACGGAGAUCGUGCAAUGCAUCACUCUGCAUUUGGAGAUGAAUCUGAGAUAGUUCACGAGUUGGGCAAGGCAGGAGCUGAUCUAAAUGCGAGAAACAAACGACGUCAAACUCCACUUCAUGUCGCUGUGAACAAAGGACAUGUCUUGGUUGUGAAAGUCAUGUUGGAUUUAAAAUGUCACCCGAGUUUACAGGUCAGUACAUUGAUGAGUUUAGACUAAACUGAGCUAGCUUGUGCUGUUAUGUGAGUAGUUCUGUGUCAGACUGUCUGUUGUAAACUGUUCUCUCUAGAGGUCCAGUAAGGAUUAUCUCUUAUUGAUCCAGUGUUACUACAGGAGGAAACCUGAACUAACCUGAAACUAACUUUAUUUAUACUGAAUAGCUCUAUCGUCUGUUGUAAACUGUUCUCUCUAGAGGUCCAGUAAGGAUUAUCUCUUAUUGAUCCAGUGUUACUACAGGAGGAAACCUGAACUAACCUGAAACUAACUUUAUUUAUACUGAAUAGCUCUAUCAGUUCUAAACUGUUCUUCCUAGAGGUCCAGUAAGGGUCAUCUCUUAUUGAUCCAGUGUUGAUACAGGAGGAAACCUAAACUAAACUAAAUUUAUUAAAACUGGAUAGCUCUAUCAGUUCUAAACUGUUCUUCCUAGAGGUCCAGUAAGGAUCAUCUCUUAUUGAUCCAGUGUUACUACAGGAGGAAACCUAAAUUAAACUAACUUUAUUUAAACUGAUAGGAUAGCCCUACUGUAUGUGGUCUAAACUGCCCUCCUUGAAGCUUCCGUAAUGAAAACCGAAACUAAACUAACUAUAUUUUUGAAAAACCUUCACUUCAGGAUUCUGAUGGGGACACCCCCCUGCACGAUGCCAUUGCAAAGAAACGUGAUGAUAUAGUGUCGUUGCUGUUGGAGGGGGGUGGGGACAUCACACUGUCAAACAACAAUGGUUUCAGCUCGCUUCAACACGCGGCUUUAAGAGGCAACCCUAGGUAAGCUCUAAACAACCCUCAAGUUGGCAUUGUCAAAACCAGUAGUUCAAUGUUGAAACAUCAAUAGCGCAGUCAAUAUUGCAUGUAAAUUCAAGUGUUAUAUAUCAAAAUCUAAGUUAGUCCUUUCUGAAUGCAAUGAUCUUAUUUCAUUGCGAUAGCUUUUAUAGCUUUUACGUUACACGAAAUCAAACAGUAUCCAGUUUUUUUGGGGGACACCCUGUAGUUCUUGUCCUAAACCUCUCGUUUGUAAGAUAACAUCUUUUGUUAUAAUAUUUAUAUUGAUUAAUCACGGCAGUGCGAUGAAGAUUCUGCUGAGUAAGUUACCUCGAGCGUGGAUUGUGAAUGAAAAGAAAGAUGAUGGAUACUCUGCUUUACAUUUGGCUGCUUUGAAUAACCAUGUCGAGGUCGCCGAACUUCUUGUUAAGCAGGUAGCAAAAUAUUUAUACGAGAAACCUUCUGGUAUUAGCCUAUGCAUACUGCUAUAUCAAGCAAUUUUAAUCAGAAGUUGUAAAGUGUACAAACAAGUACAUGUUUAGUUAUAGAGUUUUGUUUUUGGUAUUUUAGGGUAAGGCGGACAUCAAUAUUCAAAAUAUAAAUCUUCAAACACCUCUUCAUCUUGCUGUGGAGAGACAACAUACACAAAUUGUUCGGGUAAGUCACCUUGUUGUAGAAACCUGGAGAGAAAUUAUAAACGGCAAUGAUAAGGAACAGUGUUUUUGGCGGACGAAUUAACAUCAACAUCUUCUUAAUAUAUAUCUACUUUCCUUUUUUUCUGUAGCUUCUAGUUCGUGAAGGAGCAAGACUUGACAUCCCUGACAAAGAUGGCGACACAGCCUUGCAUGAAGCACUGAGACACCACACGUUGUCGCAACUUAGAUUGCUACAAGACAGACAGGAUGUUGGAAAGGUAUUUUUAUUUUAUUAUUUAAGAAGUGUAUGUUGCACAGUGGUUGGUUUCUAUUCCUGUAGUCCGUAUUUCGGGCUAUCUUAUAAAAAGAAUUUAGUGUAGUUUGGAUAUCCUUUUAUAGUAACACUGGGCAGGAAGGAACGUUUAGAGCUAUUCGAUAGAUGAAAUUAGUUUAGUUUACAUUUCCUUUAGUAACACUGGAUCAAUAAGAGAUGAUCCUUACUGAACCUCCAGGAAGAACAGUUCAGCACAAGUAGUGAAGAUAGCUUAGCUGUUAGCUUGUUUAGUUGGAGUCAAUGUUGCUGUAUGUGUAUCUCAGUGAAUAUGAUAUUUUGACAUCAUUUUUCUUCAGUUGUUAAUGGGUCUUGGCAGUCAUGGUGGGGAUAAGAAGAGCAGCGCUUCUAUAUCAAUGUUCCUCGCUGCGAAUGGAGCAGAUUUAACAUACAGAAACAAGAAAGGCCAGAGCCCGUUAGAUCUUUGCCCCGAUCCAAACCUGUGUCGUGCUUUAACAAACUGCAACCGAGAUAGGAACACGUAAGUGAUUGUCGUAUAGUAGUGGUGUAGUGUUUUAAUAAAAAUAAAAGUAAUCAUUUAUGAUCAUUGACGACCAUUUAGGGGGCAAUUGGUGCAAGAUGGCGACCCCCUAAUAUAUUUUUAAAGUUAACAUUACGAGCUGAUUAACUACAAUCGUUGACAACUUGAAAAGGCAACUUGAAAAAACAUUUUCAAACAUUCCAUUCUAUUAUGUACGCAUUGGGUCGGUUAGCUUAACCCUGGGUUAAUGUGAAAUUCCCAGCAGCUUGUUUAUAAAUUAUGGUUGCCAUUGAGUAAUUUGAAAAAGAGCAAAACAAUAGACACUCCGAAAAUGGUUAACAUUUUAAUCAACGUUUCGACUAGGUUUCAUUCCUGAUGAUGACUGAAACCAAGUCGAAACGUUGAUUAAAAUGUUAACUACUUUCGGAGUGUCUACUGUUUUGUUCUUGCUUAUAAACUUGGAAAUAUUUUUUUCAGAAAUCUUGUCUGCAUCAUCAGAAACUUAAUUUUCUAAAGUUUUGAAAAAACAGACGUACAGAGAUACAUAAACCAAAGCAUUGGGUUAAAUUUAAUCCACGCUUAGCGCUAAUCCUGCUUGGAGCAACCGGAACAUAUACUGUAUCUUUUGUUCGGCUGAGGUUGUGAAAAUAAAAGUCCAUUUUUCUUCUUCAGUGAUCAAAUUCCUAACAAUCAACUGGCUUCAGCUAGUGCGUCUGCGCAGAAUGAGCCAAUGGAAGACGAGAAACAUGACGAGUGCAUGGUGUGUUCUGAUGCACGCCGGGAUACGUUAUAUGGUCCAUGUGGUCACGUGACUACCUGCUUCGUGUGUUCCUCGCGUGUCAAGAAAUGUUUGUUAUGUAAAGAACCCGUUCAGUCCAAAACCAAGGUAUGUGACAGAUUGUUAAGCCUUGUGUGAAACUAGAUGGGUGUUCUGUUUAAACAUUUCCAGUAUUGGCUGACUGAGUAAAUAUGUAGGUAACUUCAUAAAAAAUCAAAAUAUGUUUAUAGUUUACCUCAACGUUUGUCUACAUAUAUCGAUUUGAAUCUUCAUAGGUACGGUAAAAAAAGCGUGUGCGGAAAAUUUCUCUUCAAUGGUUUUUCUGAUAUGACGUUUUCUUCGACAACUUCGUGAAUUAUCAGUGACAAAUCCAAGAGUCCCUGACUCUUGACCCUGGCAUAUCAGAAAAACCACUAAAGAAGAGAAAUUUUCCGCACACGUUCUUUUUUUUACCAUGCCUAUGAAGAUUCGAAUUGCGAUAUCUAGACAAACGUUGAGGUAAACUAUAAACAUAUUUUGAUUUUUUUAUGAAGGUACCUACAUAUUUACUCAGUCAACCAAUACUGAAAAUGUUUAAACAGAACACCCAUCAAAUGAAAAUUUUCGAAAUCAGCAUUUUCCUGGCUUUCUUCGCCGAAAACCUGGUAAAGUUACACCUAAAAUUCGUCGCGCAAUGUCCAAUAGACUAAAACGCACGUUCAUAUUUAAUUUCAUUUUUAGAUUGAAGAAUGUAUGGUGUGUUCAGAUCAAAAGGCCAGUGUGUUGUUUACUCCAUGUCAACAUAUGAACGCAUGUAGCGGUAGGUUUUCAAAGGUUUUCAGAAAUGAUUAGAGGUAAUGGUUAUCCCACGCCCCUCCCCCGCCCUCUGUAGAACUAGCUGCUACUGCCAGAACGGACAAUAAUUAAAUGUUCAACUGUGUCUGUUUAUAUUCUUGCAGGAUGUGCAGCAUUGAUGAAGAAAUGUAUUCAAUGUCGAGAAGUGAUUCAGAAAUCCAUUCCCUUCAUUGUCUGUUGCGGAGGCAGAGGUGUGUUCGACAUUCGUGUCUGCCUGUCUUCUCCGUUUUCCUCCAACAGUUCGGGCAAAUUUUACUCUGUUCAUGACCUCACGCCUGCUUUACACUAUAACUUUUCUUUGACCUUUAUUCUUAUUGAUGAUAAUUCUAGAACCAGAAGAAUUGACUACAACUUGUUCUCCCAAGAGAGAAUUAACUCAACAUGACAUUGGAACACUAAAACAACAACUGCAAGAGAUUAAAGAACAAGUAAGGAUAUACUGUAACUUACUUUAAUUUUAUUAUCUUAGCGUAGAUCUUUGGGUGUUUUUUACAUUUUAUUUAUUUGUAUAUAAUUGUAUGGAUCGUUUUCCCCAGAAUUUUAUUCCAAUUCCAGAAUUCUUUCCAUCAGUGAAAGAUUUUGGAUUUCGUCAGAGCAAGUCCUUAUACCUCUGAGUUCGUGAGUUCGAUUCUUGCUACGGACUCAUGUGAAAAGAGUCAGUCAACGCUCUGCCGAAAGUCGUGGGUUUUCUCCGAGUGCUCUGGUUUCCUCCCACAGGGAAAGUUGACAGGGUGGGUUAGGAUAAACACAGUUAGGAAAGUAAUAUCACAAUUGUUGUAAAGAGGCUAACUAUGUAAUUAGGUAAGCAUAUGAUUCUUGGUGUAAAGCGUAUUUGGUCUUAUCCACAUGCAAAUUUGCUAAUAUUCACUAAUAUUAAAAUUUCUUUUACUUUACUCACUUUCCAUCCUUUAAAGUGCCUAUGACACGAAAUUUCACCCCAAAGGUUUAUGGUUGCAUUGUAAAGAUCACUUAAAAUGACUUAAUAAUUUCUUUUAUAGAAUUUUGGUAACUUGCUCCCUUUACAAGAUAUUCAACUUUGUUUCAUAUGCAAGUAUCACCGGUGUGACAUCACAUCACAUAAUGAGUUUUCAGAAAAGUAUAGUUUUCUUGACGAAUACGUAUCUAAAAAACUUAAAAAUUGCCCUUGUUUAUGUAUCAAUUCCAUAACUGGUAAUUAACCCUCUGUAUUUGUCUGUAAAAAUAUUUUAUCAAUGUAAAAUAUUGCGUUUUCAAAAUGUCAUUAUGCGAUGUGAUGUCACACCGGUGAUAUUUGCAUAUGAAACAAAGUUGAAUAUCUUGCAAAGGAAGCAAGUUACCAAAAUUCUAUAAAAGAAAUUAUUAUUAAGUCAUUUUAAGUGAUCUUUACAAUGCAAUCAUAAACAUUGGUGGUGAAAUUUCGUGUCAUAGGCACUUUAACAUUUUUAUCUGCGGUUUGCAGCGGAGGUUAGCUCGUGCUGCAUGGCCCUUACUGUUCAUAGAUUUCGAUGUUAUAGUUUGUUAUCUUUGUUAACCAGGACCCCCAUUUUUUGGUUUAUACUGUUGUGGUGUCCUCGCCAUUCGUUAGAUUCAGUGAUAUACAUGUUCUGCUGUUGUAAUGUUUGUGUGCACGUUUGUCUUGCGAAGUUUAAUAAAUAAAAUAAAUAAAUAGUCGCAAUUGAUGAUUCCCCUUAUUACCUUUUCGUAGCGCUUUACAUUGUGGUUAUAGUUGUAUCACUGAUAUUCAAGAUGGCUUAUUAUUUUUCCUGCCCGUGCAAGAACUUUUAAACAAAGCUAGGGUCAGGUGCGCGAUAGCUAACAGCAAAAUAUUCGCGAAAACAUUCAAUAUUUUCAUUCGAGGCCGCUAUCUUUAUCAGUGAUACCACUAUAACCCCAAUGCAAAGCGCUACAAAACGUAAUAAGGGGAAUCAUCAAUUGUAACGUUGCGUUGAUUCGAAUACUUAGAUAUAACCUGUAUCUGUUUAGACUCAAUGUCCUGUGUGUUUGGACAAACGAAAGAACUUGGUGUUUCUUUGUGGCCAUGGAACAUGUCAGUUGUGUGGAGAUCGUAUGCACGAAUGUCCUAUCUGCAGAAAACCUGUGGAGAAACGAAUACUGCUCUUCUAACGAACAUGUUGCAGUUUUGACAACUGUAAGGUUCAUUUCGAGAAUUCUUAAGGGCUCAGGGGGCUCAGCCUCUCUAGUAAAAAUGUUGUGUUGAUUUGGGGGCAAUGGUUUUUUUCAGAUUACACAAUGAUUGUACAUGAAAAGUUUUUUUGCACCUGUGUGUUUUAAAUGACGCGGUAAUGAUUUCAGUAAUCUGGGGCCGGUUGUUCAAAGCCCGAUUAGCGCUAACCCUUGGUUAAAUUUUAACCUGCUGUUUCUGUUUAUGUAUUUCUGCAUGAUCAUUCGUUUCCAAACUUUAGAAAAUAGAAUCUCUAUUGAACCAGAAAAGAUUUCUGGAGAAACAUAUUCAACUUAAUUGUGAGCUGUUGGAAAAUUUAAUUUGUAGAUUUGUGUUAACCCAGGAUUAGGCUAACUGGCAUUUGGCCAACCAGCCCCUGAAUACUUGAUUACUACGAUCCCUACCAUUGGAUCAUUUAUAUGGAUCCGACAUUAAAGAACACCAAUUGAAGAAUUGCAACUAACCAAAAAUAGAUACUGGACAAACACAACAGCGAAUGAUGUAUAUAACUUGUCAAUUGCCUUGAAAAAAAACAUUUGUAUUCUUCAAUAGUCUUUAAGACAGGUGAGAGAAAAUGGCCGUAUCUAAAUCAGGAGGAUUUUGGAUAUAUCAGAUAUACAAGUUCCUUCACAGUAAUGAUUUCCUUUUGGUUUUCGUCAUGAAUUAGAUUUUUACAAGAAAUAUUACUUGAAACUUCCACUCUCCACGCCUUGUCACCUUUACACCACUGAAUACAAGGUACGAAAAAUGCGCAGGAGAAAUCUUGGUGGGAAACUUGAAGCGAGUAUAUCUACACGCGGUGACAUAAUUCAUCUCUUACCUACCCACUAUUUUCAUACCAUUGAUAUUUUGGGAAGCAAAUUCCGCGUCAACGCCAUUUUAUUAUAGCAAUGAAAUAUACCUCUACUGUGAAUCUAACCUAAACGUUUCUAUUAUUUCAAGGAAUACCUGUACAUAAACAGUCGCUGGUCUUUCAAUUUGGACGAUAUUGAAUCUAUAGCAAUCAUUAAGCACGAAGAUGAAAGGAACAUUUAUAAUAAAAAUAUAAGGACUUGUACAAAGUAAAGAAAGUUUAUCUAUAUAUGUAUUAUAUGUUAAUUACGUGGUAACUAAGUAAAAUUGAUUUAUCAUUGCAUAUUGUUGAGUGAAAUGAUCUGAAAUAUCUCCUGGUGUUAUAUUACCUUAUAACUUCAAACGCAUCCCUUGCAAAGUUUGCAAGGAGAUGCAAAUAAAUCACCACAGCUAGAAAGAGAAUACUAAAAUUAGUACAUUUGGGCCGAAAGUGUAGCAAUUUCCGCACGCAAUACAAAAGUAUACAAAAUUUGCAAACUUUACAAGGCUAUAUUUUCCGCAUUUUACAACAUUUCGCAACCAAACUUUGCAAUUUUACUCAUUUUAGUAUACUCUUUCUAGAUGUGGUGAUUUAUUUGCAUCUCCUUGCCUAGUUUUAAAAUUAGUCUAUAAUUAUCACUUAUUUACUGAGACCGAGGGAAACAGUGUGUUUUGUGGACCCGAGACCGCCGUUGUUAAGUGUUCUGUAAUAAUUCACCGGUUAUUGGAGUGAACUUAAUUUGAAACCAAAACUGUAUAAAUGGAACGCCGUAAAUGUUUAAUAAAAAGUUUAAAAAAUGAACUUUGGAACUUCAUGGUUGACACGCAUGCGUAUUGCACCCAUUUUAUUAUUGACCGGUCAAUAAAUGUUUCAUUGCGGACCGGUUGCCGAACAUGACGUUUUGUGGGCCGGCACGUGAUACGGUUUUGACCAAUCGGCAAACAGAAAAAUUGAACUUUGACACUAAAUAUAACAAUGGGAAUUGUCUAACUCAAGACCGUGUAAUUUUUUCUUAUUUCAUAUCACACUCUUUGCUUCGUCAAAUAUCGUCGUGUUUUUGUUGUAUCAAUUUUGACCAAGUGUUUAUGGUUUCGUUUUUGUGGGGCCACCCCGCCCCCCCCCCCCCAUGAAUUAGGUCUGCCCUUAUAAACUCUAUAAAUAAUUUAUUUUACGAUCUUUUGAAAAACUCAGACAUGCAUGCAAAACUACAAAAACCAAAACAGAUUUAUGGGAUUAGCCCAAGGAGUUCUAGAAUUUUUAAGCAUAUGUACUGUAGAGUUUGACAUGAAGAGUAGAUCCAGUGACUUUACGUGAAGUAACAUUUCAACCGUGGGAGUCUAGUGUACGUCCAUUCUAAAAUCGUUUUCAAGUAGUUCAGACACACAAACCACGGCAGCGUAUAUACAGUAAAAUCAGUAAAAUGUAUAAUAAAGUCUAAUAAAUGUAUCGUGCAGCCACGAAGUUCACAAAGUACCAGACUUUAUUGGAGUCAUUAUUCUCUUUACAUUAUCAUGAUUACAUUACUGUUCAAUUCAUUAUAUCGAAAAUAACUAUAAGACUACAGUUUUGUUACAAUAUAGCAUUGGCUAUUUCACGUCUUAAAUUGGGUCCAAGUUUUGAAUUUGUCUUAAAUAUUAGUUUCUUGUUAGACGUUCCAACAUUUAUUCCUAAACGUUCUAGUGCAUUUAUCCUCUGCGAGGUCCGGUAAUUUCAUCCCUGCCUCGUCGUGGUCCAGUGAUUUCGUCUCUUCCCUUUCGUGGUCCAGUGAUUUCGUCUCUUCCCUUUCGUGGUCCAGUAAUUUCGUCUCUCCCUCUACGAGGUCCAGCAAUCACGUCGUUUUGUCCCCGAGGUCCACUUAUUUCGUCUCUUCCUUUACGUGGUCCCGUUAUUUCGCUUCGCCCUUUUCUAGGCCCGUCGUUUUGUCCCCUGGGUCCUGUAAUUUCGUCUCUGCCUCGUCUUGGACCAUAAAUCUCGCUUCGUCCUCGUCUGGGUCCCGUGAUUUCGUCCCUUCCCUUCCGAGGGCCCGUUAUUUCAUCUCUACCACGCCUUGGACCGUCUUCUUCAUCUUCAUCAUAAUGUAACUCGCGUCCUCGUCUAGGUCCGAGCGUAAUUUCUCUGCCACGUCGUGGUCCCAAUUCUUCCAGCUCCACCAUUUCGUCGCCCAUUCUCGGGCCUUCAAAAUCGCUGUAAAAAUCCUCAAAUGCCUUAAACAAAUCAUUAUUUUCGCGACUUUCUAUGUGUCGGCAUUCCGCUAAAAAUAUGCAACUAAUUGCAACGAAUACGACUCUGUAGAACGAUGCCAUGUCUUCUUGAUGAAAGAAAGCUAAUUAUUAAGUUGCCUGUUUAAACGUUGCUUCUUUUAUGCUUCUGCGCGCCCACGAAAUGCGUUUUAA